GAGUAGAUGAUUUCAUUUCAUCCUCUAGUUUGUUCUUCAUUUUUUCAGCUAGACUCAAACUUGUACUAUUAUCAUGUCACGAAACUAUCAGCAUCAAACCCGUCAAAAACCUACCAUUCUUCGUCCAAAUCAAUAUCUAUUACCGACCCAUCGCCGCCAUGAGAAGCAGAGGCUCACUGUCAGGAGACCCAUGUUCGUAAUGAAGAAGAAUAUGGACAUGAAGAUGAUUGAAAAACUUCAUGACUGUUUUAUUUUGGACUUCAAUCCUUAUGAACAAAAAUCCUGUUCUUUCAAGAAAUAUGAUGGUGUUUACAUCACAGCUGAAAAGGGGCAGGUGGCUCUUAAAGACUACCCACAUCCAAGGCAUCUCUGUACUCGUUACCCAUUUCACAAAACGCCUCACAGUAAAUUCUGUAGUCGGUGCUACUGCUAUGUGUGUGAUGUAGCUGCCCCAUGCAAACACUGGUCAACUCAUUGUGAUGCUACAGAUCUUUAUCCGUAUUGGAGUAUUUUGCGCAAGUUUCAGAGGAUUAUCGAAGAAGGCUUCAAUACUAACCUUUCACUUGCCCUCCGCAAUUCUAAUAGAUGAAACUUUUUGAAACAGUCUGAAUUGAAUCUGAUGGCUACAGUAAAUCUAGUAAGGUACUGCUGACUUUCUAAGACACCCUGCCUGUUUUUGAUGACUUCUUAAUAUAUGUAUGUAAUUGCAAAUUAUGCAAUGAUGAUAUCCCGAUUACUUAAAUUGGAGUAUAAGAUAUCCAGUCCUUUUGUAAGUUUUGUUACUCUAAGUUAUCCAGUCAAGAACACUCUGUAGGUGCAAAAUGGUUCUGUUUUGGGAUUUGACCAGCAUAAACGUACUAUUGUUAGUUUUCUGUUUCAAGCAAUGUGAAGCUAUUCUGAUUCUGGAA